AUGGAAUUUGAAAACGAGAAUUCUCAGGCUUAAUCCACUAGUUACUUUUAGAAUCCAAUGUUCUAUACUCCUUCCCAUAAUCAGUAGGCCUACACAGUACCACCAAAUACGAUUAAUCAUCCAUAAUAUUAAAAUCCAUAAAACCAAUUGUGGUUUGUAGGAACCAAUUUAAUAAAUCAACAAUAAAUGGUUGUCUAGAAAACCGUGUUCGAUUAACCACCGUUAUAGAUCCAAACUUAAUAAUUUUUCCAAUAAUCCCAAGAAUUAAAUGAUGAUGAUCAUGAUCAAGACUACUAGCCAGAAGAGGAUCAAGGAUCAGAUUCUACCAGUAGUGAUGAGUAAUAGGAGGAGCUACAAGAGGAAGGUAAUGAAAUAGAAUAGUAAUUUUAAGAAUAAUUUGAUGAUCCUGAUUUUGAUUUACAAGCAUACCUAAAAGUUCGUGAUCAACUUUGA